AUAACAGAAGAACUUCCCGUCAAAAGAAUCGUUAAACACACCGUGGAGAGGACCCAUCUGCAUGUGACGGGUGCUCCUAUUCCUGAGGAGUUUCUGGACCAGAAUGUGCUGUUUUUUCUCAGAAAUACAAAAGAGGCGAUUUCCGAGGCUACGGACAUGAAGGAAGCUAUGGAAAUUAUGCCCGAGACACUGGAGUAUGGCAUCAUCAAUGCCAAUGUGCUGCAUUUCCUGAAGGACAUCAUUGGUCAGGUUUUCUUGCCAGCUUUGUCCUUCAAUCAACACAAGAUGGAUACAAGUGUGGGAUUAAUGGAUGGUUCUGAUUCUUCCGAGUAUGACAUGGACCUGCCCAGCAUGCCGGGGGAAGCCGUGGAGUAUCACAGUGUCCAGCUGAUACGGGAUGAAUUUCUGAUGAACGUCCAGAAGUUUGCAAAUAAUAUUCAAAGAACCAUGCAGCAGCUGGAAGGCGAGAUCAAGUUGGAAAUGCCCAGCAUCAGCGUGGAGGGCGAGGUGUCCGAGCUGGCUGCCGACCAGGAUACUGUGGACAUCUUGGAGCAGUGUGUGAUCAACUGGUUGAAUCAGAUCUCCACAGCCGUUGAGGGCCAGCUGAAGAAGACGCCGCAGGGUAAUGGCCCCUUGGCUGAAAUUGAUUUCUGGCGGGAAAGAAAUGCAACCCUAAGUGCACUCUAUGAACAAACAAAGCUUCCGAUAGUCAGGAAGGUCUUGGAGGUGAUAAAGGAAUCGGACUCGAUGCUUGUGGCCAACCUGCAGCCGGUCCUGACUGAGCUCUUCAAGAUCCACAUGGAGGCUUCUGACAAUGUGCGCUUCCUCUCCACUGUGGAGCGCCACUUCAAGAACAUCACCCAUGGGUCCGGCUUUCACGUUGUCCUGGACACCAUCCCCUCCAUGAUGAAUGCCCUGCGGAUGGUGUGGAUCAUCUCCCGCCACUACAACAAGGAUGAGAGGAUGAUCCCGCUCAUGGAGCGGAUCGCCUGGGAGAUCGCCGAGAGGGUCUGCAGAGUUGUCAAUCUGCGGACUCUGUUCAAAGAGAAUCGAGCCAGCGCACAGCAUAAAACCCUGGAGGCCAAGGAUACCCUUAUGCUAUGGAAGAAGGCCUAUUUUGAUGUGCGGGGCAAGAUUGAAGCUUCAGGGAGAGAGGCACGAUGGGAGUUUGACCGGAAGCGGCUGUUUGAGAGAACGGAUUACAUGGCGACCAUCUGCCAGGACCUCUGUGAUGUUCUGCAGGUGAUAGAGGAAUUUUACAACAUAUUUGGUCCAGAGCUUAAGGCCGUGACCGGGGAUCCUAAGCGCAUUGAUGACGUCCUGUGCAGGGUGGACAGCCUGGUCAGCCCCAUGGAGACCCUGACUUUCGACCCCUUCAGCAUCAAGUCCUCUCAGUACUGGAAAUACGUGAUGGAUGACUUCAAGAUUGAAGUUCUGAUCGACAUAGUCGACAGGCUCUUUGUUCAGCACCUCGACAACCCGCCUCUGUAUAAGAACCACCCUCCAGUAGCAGGGGCCAUAUACUGGGAACGGUCACUCUUCUAUCGGAUUAAACACACCAUCCUCAGGUUUCAGGAAGUGGAGGAGAUACUGGACAGUGAUCGAGGAAGGGAAGUAAAACAAAAAUAUUUGGAAGUGGGUAGGAGAAUGAAGGAUUAUGAAGACCGAAAAUACGAGCAGUGGAAGGAGUCGACAGAACAGAUCCUCCCAGUCCUUAUGAAGAAGAGUCUGCUCACGAAGUCCUUCACCGUAGCUGAUGAGGCAGCCACCUCUGAACGGGCGCCUGUGUUUGUCAUAAAUUUUUCACCUGCUCUCAGAGAGAUUAUCAACGAAACAAAGUACUUGGAACAGCUGGGGUUCACGGUCCCCGAGUUAGCGAGAAAUGUCGCGCUUCAGGAGGACAAAUUCCUCAGGUACACGGACGGGAUACAGCGUAUGCUAGACCAUCAUCACACGCUCCUGGGAACGUUGAACGAGGCGGAGUCUCUCCUUCUGGACGAUCACUCCCAGGAGCUGCUGAGAGUGUUUAGAUCCGGCUAUAAGCGGUUGAACUGGAACUCACUAGGUAUCGCUGACUAUAUAACUCGGUGCAAACAGGCCAUUGGGAAAUUCGAGUCCCUUGUCCACCAGAUCCAUAAGAAUGCAGACGACAUUUCUUCGAGGCUCAUGUUGAUAGAGGCCAUCGACCUUUUCAAAUACCCAGCACCUAAAAGUGAGGGUGAACUCCCGGAUGUGAAGGAAUUCUUUGAGCACAUUGAGCGAGAAAGGACCAAAGAUCUGGACCACAUGGUCAGGUGGUAUCUUGCCAUCGGGCCUCUGCUGACCAAAGUCGAGGGUCUGGUCAUACAAACCAACACGGGCAAGGCCCCCAAGCUGGCCUCCUACUAUGAAUACUGGGAAAAUAGGAUUUAUGAAGUUCUGACAAAGCUCAUCCUGAAGAAUUUGCAGUCUUUCAAUUCUCUCAUCCUGGGGAACGUCCCCUUGUUCCAGACGGAAACUAUCUUGAGUGCCCCCGAGAUCAUCCUUCAUCCUAACGCAAGCGAGAUCGACAAAAUGUGCGUCCACUGUGUCCGAAACUGCGUGGAGAUCACCAAGCAUUUUGUCCGGUGGAUGAAUGGCAGCUGCAUAGAAUGCCCUCCGCAGAAAGGGGAGGAAGAAGAGCUUGUCGUAAUCAGUUUUUUCAGCGACGUUUCUCAGAACCCCCAGAUAAUCGAACAAGCAGUUAUGAUCCCCCAAAAUAUCCACAGAAUUCUGAUCAAUCUUAUGAAGUACCUGCAAAAAUGGAAGCGUUACCGUCCUCUCUGGAAACUAGACAAAGCCAUCGUGAUGGAGAAAUUUGCUGCUAGAAAGCCUCCUUGCGUAGCCUACGAUGAGAAGUUGCAGUUCUACUCCAAGGUCGCCUACGAGGUUAUGCGGCACCCCUUAAUUAAGGACGAGCACUGCAUUAGGCUGCAGCUGGGGCCCCUGGCCCACACCGUGCAGGAAAAUGCCAAGUCCUGGGUGGUUUCUCUUGGGAAGCUGCUCAAUGAGUCAGCAAAGGAGGAGCUCCAUAAUCUUUAUGAAGAGACAGAGCUCUUGGCCAAAAACCUCAAGAAGACCCCCAGCACCCUUGAAGAUCUCAAGUUUGUCCUUGCAACGAUUGCGGAGAUUAGAAAUAAAUCUUUGGUCAUGGAACUAAGGUACAGGGAUGUCCUGGAGCGAUACCGUACCUUGGCCAUGUACAACAUCUUUCUGACCGAUGCAGAGAAGGAACUGGCUGGAAAGAUCGAGAGCAUGUGGUCAAGUCUGUUCAAUGAGUCGCUGAACGUGGAGCACGCGCUCGGGGGCAUAAAGAGGACUUUCACAGAGAUUACGCGAAGCGAAAUUUCAAACUACAGGCAGCAGGUAGAGGAGUUUGCGAAACGUUUUUAUAGUGAAGGCCCUGGUUCCGUUGGUGAAGAUCUUGAUAAAGGCAUGGACCUUCUAGGCACCUUUGAAAGAGAGCUGCUGAGGCACGAGAGGGACCGGCAGGAGCUGGCGAACGCUGAGAAGCUCUUCGAUCUUCCCAUCACCCUGUACCCAGAGCUGCUCCAGGUCCAGAAGGAGAUGAGCGGCCUCAAGUUAAUCUACGAGCUCUUCGAGGGGCUCAAGGUUGCUAAAGAAGAGUGGUCUCAGACUCUCUGGAUCAACCUGAAUGUCCAGUUUCUCCAGGAAGGCAUCGAUGGUUUUCUCAGGUCUCUGAGGAAGUUCCCCAGGCAGGUCCGCAGCCUGUCAGUGGCCUACUAUCUGGAAGCAAAAAUGAAGGCGUUCAAAGACUCGAUUCCUUUACUUCUGGACCUGAAACAUGAAGCACUAAGGGACAGACACUGGAAAGAGCUUAUGGAAAAAACAGGCGUCUUUUUUGAAAUGACUGAAACGUUCACGUUGGAGAAUAUGUUUGCUAUGGAGCUUGACAAACACGCAGAUGUCCUCAACGAGAUCGUCACAGCAGCCAUCAAGGAGAUUGCCAUUGAGAAGGCUGUGAAGGAAAUCCUGGACACAUGGGAAAAUAUGAAAUUCACCGUGGUCAAGUAUUACAAAGGCACCCAGGAGCGAGGCUAUGUCUUGGGGUCUGUUGAUGACAUUAUUCAGUGCCUUGAUGACAACACUUUCAACCUGCAGAGCAUCUCAGGAAGCAGAUUUGUGGGGCCUUUUCUACAGACUGUUCAUAAAUGGGAAAAAACACUUUCUCUAAUUGGAGAAGUUAUUGAGAUCUGGAUGCUGGUUCAGCGUAAAUGGAUGUAUCUCGAAAGCAUUUUUAUUGGUGGAGAUAUAAGAUCCCAACUUCCAGACGAGGCCAAGAAGUUUGACAACAUCGAUAGAGUAUUCAAAAGGGGCUUCACACAGUGCAUGGUAAACACUAGUGUCCAACAUGUGUUUGUCAGGCUGCCCCCUGAUCCCAGGGCUCCUUCAAGUAUUUCAGGGUGGGCUUCCCCUGUGUUGCAGAUGUAUGACAACAUAGCAGCCCUGAGGUUCAAUGAUGGGGACAGUGGGGAGAAGCUCGUGUCGGCCAUGAUCUCAGCAGAGGGGGAGGUCAUGGAGUUCCGAAAGAUCAUCCGGGCUGAAGGCCGCGUGGAGGACUGGAUGACGGCAGUUCUGAACGAAAUGAGAAGAACAAACAGACUGAUUACCAAAGAGGCUAUCUUCAGAUACUGCGAAGACAGAAGCAGAGUCGAUUGGAUGCUCCUGUAUCAAGGCAUGGUGGUGCUGGCUGCAAGCCAGGUGUGGUGGACCUGGGAGGUGGAAGAUGUCUUCCGCAAAGUGAAACAAGGGGAAAAGCAGGCCAUGAAGAACUAUGGCAAGAAAAUGCACCAGCAAAUUGAUGAGUUGGUAACUCGGAUCACUAUGCCCUUAAGCAAAAAUGACAGGAAAAAAUACAACACGGUUCUCAUCAUUGAUGUGCAUGCCAGAGACAUAGUGGAUUCUUUCAUAAGAGGCAGCAUCCUUGAGGCCCGUGAGUUUGAAUGGGAAAGCCAGCUGCGGUUCUAUUGGGACCGAGAACCAGAUGAGUUGAACAUCCGCCAGUGCACGGGGACCUUUGGCUAUGGUUACGAGUACAUGGGUUUGAACGGGAGGCUGGUCAUCACCCCCCUUACAGACCGGAUUUACCUAACUCUCACUCAGGCUCUGUCCAUGUAUUUGGGAGGGGCUCCUGCUGGCCCGGCAGGUACCGGCAAGACCGAGACCACCAAGGACCUCGCCAAAGCCUUGGGCUUGCUCUGUGUUGUGACCAACUGUGGCGAAGGCAUGGAUUACAAAGCAGUCGGGAAGAUCUUCUCGGGCCUGGCCCAGUGUGGGGCGUGGGGCUGCUUUGACGAGUUUAAUCGCAUCGAUGCCUCGGUCCUCUCCGUGAUCUCGUCUCAGAUUCAGACAAUCCGGAACGCUUUGAUCCAUCAGCUAACCACGUUCCAGUUCGAAGGGCAGGAGAUCUCCCUGGACUCGAGGAUGGGCAUCUUCAUCACCAUGAACCCCGGCUACGCGGGCCGCACGGAGCUGCCCGAGUCGGUGAAGGCGCUCUUCCGGCCCGUGGUCGUGAUCGUCCCCGACCUGCAGCAGAUCUGCGAGAUCAUGCUGUUCUCAGAGGGCUUCCUGUGGGCCAAGACUCUGGCCAAAAAGAUGACCGUCCUGUACAAGUUGGCUCGGGAGCAGCUCUCCAAACAACACCAUUACGAUUUUGGGCUCCGAGCCCUGAAGUCGGUGCUGGUUAUGGCUGGCGAGCUGAAAAGGGGCUCCUCUGACCUUAGGGAGGACGUGGUGCUGAUGAGGGCCCUGCGAGACAUGAACCUGCCCAAGUUUGUGUUCGAGGACGUCCCCCUCUUCCUCGGAUUGAUUUCUGAUUUGUUUCCUGGACUGGACUGCCCGCGCGUCCGCUACCCCAAUUUCAAUGACGCCGUGGAGCAGGUGCUGGAGGAGAACGGCUACGUCAUCUUACCAGUCCAGGUGGAUAAAGUGGUGCAAAUGUUCGAGACCAUGUUGACACGCCACACGACGAUGGUGGUAGGGCCCACCGGAGGAGGCAAGUCCGUGGUCAUCAACGCUCUGUGUCAGGCCCAGACCAAGCUUGGGUUGCUGACAAAGCUGUACAUCCUGAACCCCAAGGCUGUGAGCGUCAUAGAGCUCUACGGCAUCCUGGACCCGGCCACCCGUGACUGGACAGACGGCGUGCUGUCCAACAUCUUCAGGGAGAUCAACAAGCCCACCGAUAAGAAGGAGCGCAAGUACAUUUUAUUUGAUGGUGACGUGGAUGCUCUAUGGGUGGAGAACAUGAACUCUGUGAUGGACGACAAUAAGCUGUUGACGUUGGCCAAUGGGGAACGCAUUCGGCUCCAAGCGCACUGUGCUCUGCUCUUUGAGGUUGGAGAUUUACAGUAUGCCUCUCCUGCAACUGUAUCUCGAUGUGGGAUGGUCUAUGUGGAUCCUAAAAACUUGAAAUAUGAGCCGUACUGGAAAAAAUGGGUUAAUCAAAUACAAAAUAAGGUGGAACAAGGUGCUUUACAGCGUCUCUUUGAGAAGUAUGUGCCCUAUCUCAUCGAUGUGAUAGUGGAAGGAAUAGUGGACGGGAGACAGGGUGAGAAGCUGAAGACUAUCAUUCCUCAGACAGACCUCAACAUGGUAACCCAGUUAACCAAGAUGUUGGAUGCGUUGCUAGAAGGAGAAAUUGAAGACCCCGAUCUCCUGGAGAGCUUCUUUCUCGAGGCACUGUGUUGCUCUCUGGGGGCCUGCCUGCUGGAGGAAGGCAGGGUGAAAUUUGAUGAGUGUAUGAAACGCCUCGCUUCCCUGUCUACCAUUGACACAGAUGGGGUCUGGGCUGGUCCCGGGGAAUUGCCAGGUCAGCUUCCAACCUUGUACGACUUUCAUUUUGAUUCCAAACAGAAGAAAUGGAUCCCAUGGAAUAGACUGGUUUCAGAGUACAUUCAUGUUCGUGAGAAGAAAUUUGUUGACAUCCUGGUUCAUACAGUGGAUACAACCCGCACAACCUGGAUGUUGGAGCAAGUGGUUAAAAUUAAGCAGCCUGUUCUCUUGGUUGGUGAAUCUGGUACCUCUAAGACAGCCACCACCCAGAACUUCCUCAAAAAUCUGAAUGAAGACACAAAUAUUGUGUUGAUAGUCAGCUUCUCGUCCCGUACCACGUCCCUGGACAUCCAAAGAAACUUGGAAGCAAAUGUGGAGAAACGGACCAAAGACGCUUAUGGCCCACCGAUGGGGAAGCGCCUGCUGGUGUUCAUGGACGACAUGAACAUGCCUAAGGUGGAUGAGUAUGGCACACAGCAGCCAAUCGCCUUGCUGAAACUGCUCCUGGAAAAAGGCUACUUAUACGACCGUGGGAAGGAGCUGAACUGUAAGAGCAUCCGAGACCUGGGCUUCAUCGCAGCCAUGGGAAAGGCCGGAGGCGGCCGCAAUGAAGUCGACCCCCGAUUUAUCUCGCUAUUCAACGUCUUCAAUGUACCGUUUCCUUCAGAGGAAUCUCUGCAUUUAAUUUAUUCCUCCAUCCUGAAGGGCCAUACCUCGACCUUCUGUGAGAACGUUGUGGCCGUGAGCGACACGCUGACACUCUGCACGUUGGCGCUCUACAGAACCAUCAUUCAGGAGCUGCCCCCCACCCCUUCCAAGUUCCAUUACAUCUUCAACCUCCGCGAUCUCUCACGAGUGUUCAACGGUCUGGUCCUCACCAGCCCAGAAAGGUUCCAGACAGUGCCCCAGAUGGUGAGGGUCUGGAGGAACGAGUGUCUGAGAGUCUUCCAUGACCGACUGAUCAAUGAAGCCGACAAGCAGCUGGUACAAGGCCACAUAGGAAGCCUGGUUGGAGAGCACUUUAAGGACGACCUGGAGAUGGUGAUGAGGGACCCCAUCCUAUUUGGAGACUUCCGGAUGGCUCUGCAUGAAGAGGAAGCACGUGUCUACGAAGACAUCCAGGACUAUGAGGCGGCAAAGGCGCUGUUCCAGGAAAUUCUGGAGGAGUACAAUGAAAGUAACACCAAGAUGAACUUGGUUCUCUUUGAUGACGCCCUGGAGCACUUGACCCGCGUGCACCGCGUUAUUCGGAUGGACCGUGGCCACGCCCUGCUGGUUGGCGUCGGGGGCUCGGGGAAGCAGUCUCUUGCCAGACUGGCCGCUUUCACAGCAGGCUGUGAGGUGUUUGAGAUCCUUCUAAGCCGCGGCUACUCUGAGAACACUUUCCGUGAAGACCUGAAGACCCUCUAUCUGAAGCUCGGGAUUGAGAACAAGAAGGUGAUCUUCCUGUUCACAGAUGCCCACGUGGCUGAGGAGGGCUUCCUGGAACUCAUCAACAACAUGCUGACUUCAGGAAUUGUGCCAGCACUUUUCCCGGAAGAGGAGAAGGAGUCCAUCCUAGGUCAGAUUGGGCAGGAAGCCUUGAAACAAGGAACGGGGCCGGCCAAGGAAUCCGUGUGGCAGUACUUCGUGAACAAGAGUGCCAACAACCUGCACAUUGUCCUCGGCAUGUCGCCGGUUGGGGACACCCUGAGGACCCGGUGCAGAAACUUCCCAGGUCUGGUCAAUAACACCGGCAUCGACUGGUUCAUGCCCUGGCCGCCCCAAGCCCUGCACGCCGUCGCCAAGUCCUUCCUGGGCGAUAACCCGAUGAUUCCAGCAGAAAACAUGGAGGAGCUGGUCAAGCAUGUGGUUUUGGUGCACGAAUCUGUGGGUGAAUUCAGCAAGCAAUUCCUCCAGAAACUCAGGCGCAGCAACCACGUCACUCCCAAGAACUACCUUGAUUUCAUUAACACGUACUCGAAAUUACUGGACGAGAAGACUCAGUAUAACAUAGCCCAGUGCAAGCGCCUGGAGGGCGGGCUGGACAAGCUGAAGGAGGCCACUGUGCAGCUGGACGAGCUGAACCAGAAGCUGGCUGAGCAGAAGAUCGUGCUGGCGGAGAAGUCUGCUGCCUGUGAGGCCCUGCUGCAGGAGAUUGCCACCAACACGGCCAUCGCGGAGGAGAAGAAGAAGCUGGCCGAGGACAAGGCCAUUGAGAUUGAGGAGCAGAACAAGGUCAUCGCGGUGGAGAAGGCUGAGGCCGAGACGGCGCUGGCCGAGGUCAUGCCCAUCCUGGAGGCAGCCAAGUUGGAGCUGCAGAAGCUGGACAAGUCCGACGUGACGGAGAUUAGGUCCUUCGCUAAGCCCCCUAAGCAGGUGCAGACAGUCUGCGAGUGUAUCCUCAUCAUGAAAGGGUACAAGGAACUCAACUGGAAAACCGCCAAGGGCAUGAUGUCCGACCCCAACUUCCUGCGGUCUCUGAUGGAGAUCGAUUUUGACUCAAUCACUCAGGGCCAAGUAAAGAGCAUCAGAGGUCUCUUGAAGACACUCAACACCACAAUUGAAGAAAUGGAAGCUGUGAGCAAAGCAGGCUUGGGAAUGCUGAAAUUCGUGGAAGCUGUCAUGGGCUACUGUGACGUUUUCAGAGAAAUCAAGCCCAAAAGAGACAAGGUGGCCAGGCUGGAGCGGAACUUCUUCCUAACUAAACGGGAGCUGGAAAGGAUCCAGAAUGAGUUGGCCACAAUCCAGAAAGAACUGGAAGCUCUUGGGGCCAAAUAUGAGGCAGCCAUAUUGGAAAAGCAAAUGCUGCAGGAAGAAGCUGAAAUCAUGGAGAGACGGCUAAUUGCAGCGGACAAGCUCAUCUCAGGUCUUGGGUCUGAAAACAUCAGGUGGCUGAACGACUUGGACGAGCUGAUGCACCGCCGAGUGAAGUUACUGGGGGACUGCUUGCUGUGCGCAGCUUUCCUGAGUUACGAGGGAGCCUUUACGUGGGAAUUCCGGAAUGAGAUGGUCAAUCAAGUCUGGCAAAAUGACAUCCUAGAGCGUGGGAUUCCCCUGAGCCAGCCUUUCAGGUUGGAGAGCUUGCUCACGGAUGAUGUGGAGGUUAGCAGGUGGGGCUCCCAGGGGCUGCCACCCGAUGAGCUCUCCAUCCAGAACGGCAUCCUCACCACCAGGGCCAGCCGUUUCCCCCUGUGCAUCGACCCCCAGCAGCAGGCCCUCAACUGGAUCAAGAGGAAAGAGGAGAAGAACAACCUGCGGGUCGCCUCCUUUAAUGACCCUGACUUCCUUAAGCAGCUGGAGAUGUCCAUAAAGUAUGGAACUCCUUUCCUGUUCCAUGACGUUGAUGAGUACAUCGAUCCUGUUAUUGAUAAUGUCCUAGAAAAGAACAUAAAAUUCUCCCAAGGACGGCAGUUUAUCAUACUUGGAGACAAGGAAGUUGACUAUGACUCAAAUUUCCGACUGUAUCUCAAUACCAAGCUGGCCAAUCCCAGAUACUCCCCAUCGGUGUUUGGGAAAGCGAUGGUGAUCAAUUACACUGUCACACUGAAAGGCCUUGAAGAUCAGCUGCUGAGUGUGCUGGUGGCCUUUGAGAGGAGAGAGCUGGAAGAGCAGAGGGAACACCUCAUCCAGGAGACAAGUGAGAACAAGAACCUGCUCAAGGACUUGGAAGACUCCCUCCUUCGAGAACUGGCCACCUCCACAGGGAAUAUGUUGGACAAUGUUGAGCUGGUACAAACCCUGGAGGAAACCAAGUCCAAGGCUACAGAGGUAUCAGAAAAGCUCAAGCUGGCAGAGAAGACAGCUCUGGACAUCGACAGGCUGCGAGAUGGCUACCGGCCGGCUGCCAAAAGGGGCGCCAUCCUCUUCUUUGUCCUGUCCGAGAUGGCCCUCGUCAACUCCAUGUACCAGUACUCCCUGAUCGCCUUCCUGGAGGUCUUCGGGUUGUCACUAAAGAAGUCCUUGCCUGAUUCCAUCCUCAUGAAGCGGUUAAGGAACAUCAUGGACACGCUGACUUUCAACAUCUAUAACUAUGGGUGCACAGGCCUGUUCGAGAGGCACAAAUUACUCUUCUCCUUCAACAUGACGGUCAAGAUGGAGCAGGCCGAAGGGCGUGUGCCCCAGGACGAGCUGGACUUCUUUUUAAAAGGAAACAUCUCCCUGGAGAAGAGCAAACGGAAGAAGCCGUGUGCCUGGCUGUCUGACCAGGGCUGGGAAGACAUCAUCCUUCUGUCAGAAACGUUUGCAGCCAACUUUGGGAAUCUUCCUGACGAUGUGGAGAAGCACCAAGUUGUCUGGAAGGAAUGGUACGACCUGGAUUCGCUGGAGCAGUUUCCGUUCCCCUUGGGUUAUGAUAAAAACACCAACCCUUUCCAGAAGUUGCUGAUUCUCCGCUGUUUCCGUGUGGAUCGGGUGUACCGGGCAGUGACCGACUAUGUGACCGUGACAAUGGGAGAGAAGUACGUGCAGCCCCCCAUGAUCAGCUUUGAAGCCAUUUUUGAGCAGAGCACCCCCAAUUCACCCAUCGUGUUCAUCCUGAGUCCCGGCUCUGACCCUGCCAGCGAUCUCAUGAAACUGGCCGAGCGAACUGGUUUUGGAGGAAACCGCCUCAAGUUCCUUGCCAUGGGUCAAGGCCAGGAGAAGGUGGCACUGCAGCUGCUGGAGACGGCGGUGGCCCGCGGGCAGUGGCUGAUGCUACAGAACUGCCACCUCCUGGUCAAGUGGCUGAAGGAUCUGGAGAAGUCCCUGGAGAGGGUCACCAAGCCCCACCCAGACUUCCGCCUGUGGCUCACCACAGACCCCACCAAGGGCUUCCCCAUCGGGAUUCUGCAGAAGUCCCUAAAGGUUGUCACAGAACCACCCAACGGGCUGAAGCUCAACAUGAGAGCAACGUACUUCAAGAUCUCUCACGAGAUGCUGGAGCAGUGUCCACACCCAGCGUUCAAACCCCUGGUGUACGUGCUGGCGUUUUUCCACGCCGUGGUGCAGGAAAGAAGAAAGUUCGGGAAGAUCGGCUGGAACGUCUACUAUGACUUCAACGAGUCCGACUUCCAGGUCUGCAUGGAAAUUUUGAAUACGUACUUAACAAAAGCCUUUCAGCAGAAUGAUCCCAGGAUCCCAUGGGGCAGCCUCAAGUACCUAAUUGGAGAGGUCAUGUACGGAGGACGGGCCAUUGACAGCUUCGAUCGCCGCAUCCUGACCAUCUACAUGGACGAGUACCUGGGAGAUUUCAUUUUUGAUACUUUCCAGCCUUUCCACUUCUUCCGGAACAAAGAAGUGGACUAUAAAAUCCCCCCCGGUGAUGUAAAAGAAAAAUAUGUUGAAGCCAUUGAGGCCCUUCCUCUUGCCAACACUCCUGAAGUGUUUGGUCUGCAUUCCAAUGCUGAGAUUGGAUACUACACGCAGGCGGCUCGGGACAUGUGGGCUCGCCUGCUGGAGCUGCAGCCUCAGACUGGGGAAUCCAGCAGUGGUAUCAGCCGUGACGAGUACAUCGGCCAGGUGGCCAAGGACAUCGAAAACAAGAUGCCCAAAGUCUUUGACUUGGACCAGGUCAGGAAGCACCUUGGAAUGGGAAUCUCCCCCACUUCCGUGGUGCUCCUGCAGGAGCUGGAACGCUUCAACAAGCUGGUGAUACGGAUGUCCAGGUCUCUGGUCGAGUUGCAGAGGGCCUUGGCUGGAGAAGUCGGGAUGAGCAAUGAGUUGGAUGGUGUAGCCAAGUCGCUUUUUGUCGGGCAUAUCCCGGACAUCUGGAGAAAGCUUGCCCCUGACACCCUGAAGAGCCUUGGGAACUGGAUGGUUUACUUCUUGCACCGGUUCAGCCAGUACACAUCGUGGGUCACAGAGGGUGAGCCCAGCGUGAUGUGGCUCUCAGGCCUGCACAUCCCGGAGUCCUACCUCACGGCGCUGGUGCAGGCCACCUGCCGGAAGAAUGGCUGGCCGCUGGACCGCUCUACCUUGUUCACGCAGGUGACCAAGUUCCAAGAUGCAGACGAAGUGAAUGAGCGGGCAGGACAAGGCUGCUUCGUCUCAGGCCUGUAUCUGGAAGGUGCGGACUGGGACAUAGAAAGGGGCUGUCUCGUCAAGAGCAAACCCAAGGUGCUGGUGGUCGACCUGCCCAUUCUGAAGAUUAUCCCCAUCGAAGCCCACCGCCUCAAACUGCAGAACACCUUCCGGACGCCCGUCUACACCACCUCCAUGAGGAGGAACGCCAUGGGAGUGGGCUUGGUGUUCGAAGCCGACCUGUUCACCACACGGCACAUCUCGCACUGGGUGCUGCAGGGCGUGUGCCUCACCCUGAAUGCUGACUAG